CAAUACUCAUCGUCAAUGCAAUAAUAUUUCUAUAUUCCGAUUUCUGCAAAAAAUUCGUGGAUGAUUGAUAUCUCAAGAAGAAUUUCCAGGUUCAUUCUAAUGAGGGAAGCUGAAAGGUGCAGAAAUGGAGACUCGAUGGCAGGGUCGGUGCAACCUUCUUUUCAGGCUGAAAAUGAUGGUCUGGGAAAUGAUGGGGUUAUAUCUCAAUUAUUUACCUCUUUACCAGCUUUAAAUGAAGCUGCUGGUUAUCUUGCACAAACCACUAAUUACUUAGCUGGUUGUUUUUAUAGUUAUUCCGAGGAACCUGCUUUUAGAGAUUCGAGGGAUUCCAUUGUACGUUUGCAAUUAGCAACAUCAUCUUCUGGGCAAACUGAGAAUCCUGUGAUUAGUGAUCAUCAAUUUUCAAGUGGGAGUAGCUCAGCAUUGUCUACAUCCUCUUGUCAUGCAACUACCAUGUCUGCCAAUCAUCAUGCUACAGAGACCUCUGCUGGAGAUUCAUCUGAAAUUAAUGGUGCAAUUGUACAAUCAAAUGAUACCAGACAAAGUGGGAUUUCCAUUUUUCAAGGGCUUAUUGAAAGAGUAAGUUGUACUGUUCGUGGGUCUGCAAAUGAUAUAGGAUGGCUGAAACGUGAUCCAGAGAUGCCAUCAGUUGAAGAUGGAACUGGGAGGUUUACAGAAAUUCUUGAAGAUAUUAGGCAUGGUCUGCACAAACUGCCAAACUCGAUGGUUUAUUUAUUGGUUCCAGGUCUUUUCAGCAACCAUGGGCCUCUUUAUUUUGUCAGUACAAAAACAAGUUUCUCAAAGAUGGGUCUUACUUGUCAUAUUGCCAAGAUUCACAGUGAGGCUUCAGUUGAGAAAAAUGCUGGAGAGAUAAAAGAUUACAUUGAGGAAAUUUAUUGGGGUUCUGGGAAACGUGUUUUGCUUCUUGGACAUAGCAAGGGGGGAGUUGAUGCAGCGGCUGCUCUAUCUAUGUAUUGGCCUGAUUUGAAAGAUAAGGUUGCUGGGUUGGCAUUAGCACAGAGUCCGUAUGGUGGGAGUCCUAUAGCUUCAGAUAUCCUAAGAGAAGGACAGCUUGGUGAUUAUGUUAAUCUACGGAAGCUUAUGGAGAUUCUAAUUUGUAAAGUGCUUAAGGGUGACAUACAAUCUAUGGAAGACUUGACUUACAAGAAGAGGAAAGAAUUUUUAAAGAAACACCAUUUACCAACGGAGCUUCCAGUUGUGUCUUUCCAUACUGAAGCUAGCAUCAGUCCUGCAGUACUGGCAACAUUAUCUCACGUUGCUCAUGCUGAGCUACCUAUGGUGGCUCCUCUGUCCACUGGCCAGCCUAAGAGACUGCCCGUGGUCAUGCCCCUUGGAGCUGCAAUGGCUGCAUGUGCCCAGUUGUUGCAGGUCAGGUAUAAGGAACAAAGUGACGGGCUUGUGGCACGUUGUGAUGCAGAAGUCCCAGGAUCUGUCGUGGUGCGCCCAACACGGAAGUUAGACCAUGCCUGGAUGGUUUAUUCAUCCUUGAAGGAUGACCCUUCUGACGCAGAUGCAGCCCAAGUGUGUGAAGCUCUUUUGACAUUGCUUGUGGAAGUUGGGAAGGGAAAAGGAGAUGAACACUCGAUGAAAGAUGAAUGACUUAAAGCAGUUCAUCUCGUUGCCACGCCCGGUUGUAACAGGUUAACUAACUCAUCAAUAUAGGUUUUCAGUAUUGUUUUUCCGUGCGAUGUCAGUAUUUCAAUCGAAGUCUAACAUUUUUAGACUUCGAUGGUGUAUAUAGCUGAAAGUUAGCCAGAUCCAAAUGCAUGAUAAUGAUCAAAGAGUACGAGAGGAGUUGAUUUUAUAUAUAGCUCAGCUUCCCCAAUUCUCGAGAAGUCGGUUUUUUAAGUAACCACAAUUGCACUUCCGUUUGGUGUAUAGAUGAAACGGAACUCACCAUGCAUGUAAGACCAAAUAAAUAUAA